GAAGAGCAUUAUAGAGAUAUAUCGAUCCAAGGAUUUACCUGGCUAGGCCGAGCGUAACUUUACCUGUUCACGGACUGGCGUUGGUAUUGAUGUCCUAACCAACUACGGCGAUACCAGCAGCGGCAGGUGACGCUCGCAACGCCCCCUCCCCACGGGACCAUGUCUAACAAGCAACGCCAGGACCCCUCCCCGUCCCUCCUGGGGGUGGGGAACCUGUCCUCCAAGGGCCCCGAGGAUACUUGGGUUCAGAUUCAGCACAAGACUUUCUCCAACUGGGUGAACGAACAAUUGACCAGCACUGGCCGAACAGUGGACAAUUUGGCCACCGAUCUUUGUGAUGGUGUUAAACUCGUGGCUUUAAUCGAAACGUUGCAGUUUCGAAAGAUUGGACGUGUUUAUACCAAACCCAGAAGUAAAAUCCAGAUGUUACAGAAUGUUCAACUAGCGUUUGAAGCCAUUGCAGAGGAUCAAAUCCGCCUCGUAAAUAUAGGAAACGAGGACGUUGUCAAUGGUAACCUGAAGCUUGUUCUGGGGUUGCUAUGGCAUCUGAUCUUGAGGUACCAGAUCAGCUCCAGCAAGUCCAAAGCCCCUCCCAAGAAGCUGAUGAUGGCGUGGUUUAAGUCCGUCCUCGUCGACAUCAACAUCGGCAACUUCACCACCGACUGGAGCGACGGCAUAGCGUUACACGCCCUCAUUGAAUACUGCAAGCCGGGAACGUGCCCAGACUGGAGAAGCCUCAACCCCAAAAAUAAGGUGGAGAACUGUCGGCGGGCCAUGCAGCUGGCAAAACAACACCUGAACGUCCCCAAGGUGAUAAGUCCUGAAGACUUCGCCAGCAGCGACCUGGAUGAUCUCUCGGCAAUGACCUAUCUCUCCUACUUUAUAAAGAAGGACUCGCCGGGGUACUACUCCACACUCAACUGGGUGUGUCGCCAGCUCCGUACCACCACCAUAAGCAACCUGUCGACGGACUGGAAUGAUGGGUUCUACCUGUGCUCUAUUGUCCACUCGCUGGGAGGGGAGGUGUCCGGCUGGCCAAACGUGGACAGGAAUGACCAAGUAGCCAACUGUCAGAAAGGAAUCGACGCAGCGAAGGCCCUAGGAAUCGACCCCCUGCUGACUGCAGCGGAGAUGGCCGACCCCAACGUGGACCAGCUCGCUCUCAUGGCGUACAUCAGCAAGUUUCAGAGGAUCACGCCACGCAAGGCCAAGGCCGAGAAACUCGUCAUGAACUGCACGCUGUCUAGAAUCAAGGAGGGCGCCCGGGCAGCGUUUUCCCUGGAGAUUGUAGACGUUGACGUGGCUAAAGGGAAAACAAAAAUUGACAUCCGGGGCUCCAGCACACAGCCUCGCUGUGACAUGAAGUGGAAGGACAAGGUCGUGGACUGUUCCUUCAUCCCUACCGAGACUGGGGAACAUCAGAUACACGUGUACUACGACGGGGAAGAGAUUCUGGGUAGUCCCAUGAUAUUCACGGCGACUCCCGACGCCUCCAGAGUCAAUAUCACGACGUCAUCGGGCGAGUGCAGGAUUGGGGAGGCAUUCCAGGUCAUGGUUGACCUUGCUGGCGUGACGGGUGGCGAGAGCAAGAUGGAGGUGACUGCGCCGGCGGGAGACGUGAGGACUGUGGGAUGCAGAAGGGAAGACGGCAACAUCGUGGGCUCCUUCCGCCCAACAGAACCCGGGGACUGGAAGGUGACUGUCCGGUUUGAAGGUCAAGAGGUCCAGGGGAGUCCUGUGAUGGUCAAGGCAUACGACACGGACAAGGCGUGGAUGUCCGGCCCUCAACAGGGGUUUGUGGGGGAAAUGGCCAUCUUCGUUGUCAACUGGAAAGCAGCCGGAAGUGACGACAUAACUGUGGAUGUUACCGGACCCAACUCUGACGUCGUAAGAAACGUGAACGUUGUCAACACUGGCGGCGUCAAGGAAAUACGGUUUUCACCACAAGAAACAGGCCGGCACACUGUCAGGGUAAAACUGAAACACAGGCAGAUACGGGGGUCGCCCUGCCACAUGGAUGUGUACGACCCCAGCUCCAUCACAGUGAGGGGGGACGGGCUCACCGGGGGUGUGAAGGCGGAAGAGGCACGCUUCGUUGUCAACGCUCUUGGCGCCGGCGUCGACAUCACUGUCCACAUUGAGUCUAAGAACGGGACUAAGAUAGACUAUCAGCGGUACAACCUGUCCUCGGAGGGCACCGAGUACAGCUACAUUCCCCACCUUGCAGGGGCGUACAGGAUUGACGUCAUGUGGGGCGACAGACACGUCAACGGUAGCCCGUUCUUUCCUGGAUUCACUGACCGCUCUGGCGUGACCUUGUUGGAUGACCUUGAGGACCGCAAGGACGAACAGGACCGUAUUGCCCUUGAAUUCAACAAGGUCACGACCUUGGACUUCGACACAAGUAAUGCAGGACCAGGACGUAUGACGUGUGAGAUCCUCGGACCCGUGGGGAAGAUACCUGUUCACGUGAAUCAGAAACAGGAAGAGUCAACAAUUUCCUUCACAGCGAAACAUGAAGGUGACCACUACAUCCACAUCUACUGGUCUGACGUGCCGCUGGAGUGGUCUCCCCUGCUGGCCUACUGCCCGGGGCCCACCCUGCCAGUCGACGUGACCAAGGUGAACGUCGUGGGGCACGGGGCGGAGUCGGCGAGGGCCACUGUACCUGCGGAGUUUGUCGUGGAUGGGAAGAAGGCGGGACCUGGUGUGUGCAGGGUGCGGAUGCAGGGUGUCCGCGACAACCUGGAGGUGGAGAUGAAACCCAUCAAGUACGACCGAUACAGAUGUACCUACACAUCGCCACUCCCAGGUGGUUUCCUGCUCUACGUGUAUUGGUCAGAUGACCUAGUGCCCGGAUGUCCUUACAAGAUCACAGUGACCCCGAAAGGAAACGUCAACAAGGUCAAGGUGACCGGGGAGGGUCUGCGAGGGGGAAUAGCGGGACAAGUACUCACGUUUCUUGUCAACACAAAGGAAGCAGGUCCAGGGGAGAUAACUGCAACGUGCACGGGAGUACGCACGGGUUUGAACUGUGACGUCAAGGACGACGGCGGGGGACUCUCUACAGUGAGGAUGACACCUGUCGACGCCGAGAAACAUCUGCUUCAGAUCCGCUACGACGGGGAGACAGUGCCAGGUAGUCCGUUUGUGCUCCGUGUUGGGGAGCCGCCGGACCCGUCCAAGGUGAAGGUCUUCGGUCCUGGUCUGGACGACGGCUUGAUACAGAUAUACGAGAGCAAGUUCCUGGUGGACACCCAUGGGGCGGGCGCCGGGCAGCUGGCUGUCAAGAUCAAAGGCCCGAAAGGAGGUUUCAAGGUCGACAUGAGGCGGGAAGGUCAGAGUGACCGGAACAUUCUGUGUCGGUAUGACCCGACAGAACAAGGUCAGUACAUCAUCAGUGUCCGCUGGUCGGGGGAACAUGUCCCCGGGAGUCCCUUCGAGGUCAACAUAUUUGAGUCACAAGACUCUUUCCGAGACUUCUUGCAACAACGAGGCAGAGAUUUGGAAAAUGAGGAUCAUCAGUGGCGGGAGGAAAUAUGAAUUCGGCUCCAAACUGGACUUCCUGCCAAACUGUCCAUCCUUGUCCACAUAUUGUUCACAGUAAUUCCACACGAACUGGACGUAGCCAAGACAGAUGUUAUCAGUGUCACGUGACCAAGUAGUUAGUGUCUGUAACAUAUAGCAAAUGAUGCGCAAUAGAGUCUUAUUUAUCUAUUGCUUUCUAGAAGCUAUUGCAUCUAAAACGAUUUUCACAGUAGCUUUAAUCACCGUUGAUCACAUGUUGGGUUAACUUUAUCAAUAUCCUAAUUUCGUUGUAUCCGAUUUUGAAAUGUCCAAGUUAAACAUUUAGGGUGUCUGGAUAAACCGGGUUCGUGGAAUCAAUUUUCUUUACAAAACAAUCUCCGCGUCAUCUUCUGUGUUGCGGAUGGUGCUUGUUACAUCAUAUCCAUCCAGUUUAACCAAGUGCAAUUUCCAUGUGAUCACGUGAUGUCCAUUUAUCAAUGUCCAUAUAUUACACUCCUGAUUGUAUUAUUUAUGUCUUCAAUGAACUGCUGAAACGUACCCAGCGGCGGGCCGUACAUGAACAAAGUAUGUAGGUUGUUGUGAAUGUGAGACUUGUGCUAUGAUGAUUAUGAUGGUGUAUCCGCCACAAUGUCGGGGUAUCCCGCAUACCACUGAGCAGGCCGGCGAGGUACUGGGUUUGGAUUUCACCUUACUUUGCAUCUUCUGGAGGCAAGGGACGUAACUGACUGUAAAAGUCAAGUUUCCAUCCUUGCCGUACUGGGCUGGAAUUUCUGGGCUCGAUCGUAACGCCACCAGUGGCUAUUACGAGUUAUGUCCCUUCUAUGUCCCUCCUAUUGACCAAUCAGCUUGAACCACUCAUAUCACUUGCAUUUGCUUCAAAAAAAUGGCGGCGCCCUGUCAAGACAAUCUGAUCGAUAAUCAAGAUCUUUAUCGUAAUAAAACGGAUCUAUCUCGCGAAGUGCACCUAAUCUCUUGGGCACCUUGAUAAAAAACAUAAAAAGGUUUGGAAAAUAUCUGUCGAUGGUCAGUCGACGCACUUGUGCUCUGCAAAUCCUGUAGCCGACCGAAAUCUGCACGGCAGUCGUUAUGUUGUUGCUGAACCGGAUGUCGAUUUCGUUACGCGCAUUUGAUUAGACUAUAUAUAAACUCUAUAGUUCAGUCAAAAUGUAACUCCAUAAUUCUUCUCUAGUUCAGCCAUGGUGGAAUCUGGACUUUCAUAGUCAGUUAACUCCCUUGCCUCGAGAAGAUGCUUUCUCUAUUGCAGGCGUAGUGCUUCAUUGGUACAUUAUUAUAUUGUGAGACCUGUCGGUUGGUCCUGUGUGUAACUGUAUGAUCACAUUUAUCUGUUCAGCUGCUAGUAGUGGCCCUGAAAGUCCACAGGAAGUUUGGCUUGUCUUCCGUCUCUCUGUAGUUGGGACGUUCCCCUGCUGUGGAACCCGGCGGUGGAUGUGUGUGUGUGUGUGUGUGUGUGUGUGUGUGCGCGUGCGUGCGUGUGUUUGUGUGAUGUUCUGUGUAGAACAGAAGAUAAUUACGGGGCCAAUAAUGAGGUUCGGAUGAAUUAUGGAUGUGCACGUGUCCCGCUCAUUUUCGACGUAAAUCGAAUUAUUUUAAAUAGUUGGGUCUGCAUGUUCAUCGUAUUGAGAAACCCUCCUGAGGCCAUCUGUCUUCUAUGUGUGUACCUGUGAUAAUAAGCCCAACAUAAUAGAUACCCUGGAUCUGUAUGAAGAUAUCGUCCACUGAAAAUUGACGAAUAUCCAUUGGUUUGCUAAUCGUCUCCAUUCUUAGUACAAUCUGGCUUCCAUGGCAAUCAUAUUGAGAAAGCUAUUUGCGUCAUUGUCUCUCAAUAUAUUCACAUGAUAUAAAUAUCACGUGGAUGUAUAUUGUAGAUAGUAUGAGUCUAUUUACGCUAGUAGUUCAUUUUAUAGCCACUGAGUUCGUUCUUUGUCAGUAUAUAGCCAACCGAUAUACUAUUUCCUUACUGAGAGUGACAAUAAGCGAUCAAACGGAACAUGUAUGCUUUUCCUAGGUGCUGUAAGGGCCAUAGGCUAUGACCACUUCCCGUUUACCAUUCGCCUUUAUGGGAACAGAUGCGUGUAUUAUGAUGUAGUGUAGCGGCCUAAACUGGGUUGUGUCCGUCCGCCAUAUUGUCCAUCCGAUCGACAUACGUCCUGACAUGCUGUCAUCAGCAGCAGCAGUGUCCUCAUAUACCCUUGGUACUCAGCCUGUGUCCAACACGCCAGAUGAUGGCACAUCAAAGAUUGAUCUGUGAUAGCUUGGUGAUUAUACACUGUGAACACCAGUAAAUCGUAAUAUCCUCUUCUGUGUGGUGUGGCUGAGAUCACUGCUCAUGCAUAUAUCCGGGGCAAUUCUAUAAUAUCAAUCACUUUUGUACGGAUAGCAACAGUUACUUCCUAUGUUCUUUGUACGACGUUUCAGAGCUACCUCUUGCUCCUUCAUUAGGUGAAUGCAGUCUUUGAAGGGCAUUUAGAAGUUAGAAGAACAUGAAUACAUGAAACGUUUUAUGGAAAGUAACUUCUUAUGUUCUUUGUACGACGUUUCAGGGCUACCUCCUGUUCCUUCAUCCUAAUAUGCAUCCACCUGAUGAAGGAGUAAGAAGUAGCUCUGAAACGUCGUACAAAGAAUAUAAGAAGUUGCUAUCCAUAAAAAAGUGUCAUAUAUUCAUGUUCUCACAACUUCUAAAUGCCUAUCAAAGACUUCAUCUCGUAUGUAGUCUCUCAAUCCUCAAAGACCAGUAAUGCUACUUAUCAACCGAAUAUUGAAAUAUAAUCCUGAGGUGGUUAGCUGAUGUUAGUAUGACAUAAGUGUCUGAUUGGUGGUUCUCGGAAUACUUCCUAUUGCCAGACAGGUAUGUAGCACUAUACUAGGACCAUUGGAAACAGCUUCCAGACUUGGUAUGGGUAGGUGGCUGUUACUAUGUAGAGGGGCAACACGAUGGGGUAACCUGGCAACCCUUUCAAGUAGUAAAAGAACGCUUGUUUUGUCUUGAGGAAAAGCAUUUGUAAUGUAGGUCAUCCUGGUAGUUAAAAAUUUCCUAUUGUUUUUUCAAUGUCCAAUUUUCCCACAAGACGCUAAUUGCGACGUAUAAUCUAACCCCUGAUCCAACAUGGGCACCGACACAUUCACAUUCAUGGCGACACAGAAUGAACUGUAUACCAGAGUGUACAUAUCUAAAUUCGUGUAUAUUACAAUAUUCAGAAGGUAAACACUUGCGUUCAUAGACCGACUGUUUGAUAUUCGGGAUGGAAUUUGUUUUAAAGAAUAAUUGGUUCAAGAAAUAUGGCAUAGAUGUCUAAAAGCGGCGCGAUAUAAACCUAUUCCGUAUCAGCCCCCGCAUCAAUAAGUCUAAUUGUUGGUUCCUGAGAUCCAAGGUAUAUUCAAGGGUUUCCUUCAUUAGGCAGGGACCAGUCCCUUCGGUGAAUGUCAAAAUACCAUCACAGGACAACUGUCUGGUUAUUUAAUCAGUGCGUGUAGUAUUAUGUUGUUAUGCAGUUGUUAUAAUAAGCAUAAUAAACAACAAACAACAAACUUGUUUCAUAAUGUUUCAUGGCAAAAAUAUUGUUCACAUACAUUGUAUUAAAAUGUUGCAUAAUAAUGUUAAAACCAAUAUGACCUGUAGAAAUCCUUGUUACAUGCAAUUAUCAGAAUAAAGUGAUCAUGAGUUACAUUGUUA